CGGCGGCGGCGGCGGUGCCGUCGCCAUGGUGACGGGGCCGCGGCCGCCAUGGCGGCGCCGCCGGAGUCACUGCUGCGGUACUGCACCCCCGUGCUGGUGUCCCGGCGAGGAGACAGGGCCUCGGCGGGGAGUCAGCCGCUGAAGGGGACGCUCCCGCUAACCCCCGGCAGCAUCCCCUCCUCGCAGCAGCCGCAGGAGCUCCUGAACGCCAUCCUGCCGCCGCGGGAGUGGGAGGAGGCGCAGAAGCUCUGGGUGCAGGAGGUGUCCACCGCGCCCAGCACCCGCCGGGACGUCGUGCAGCUGCAGGAACAGCUGGACCGGCAGCUGCAGCAGCGGCAGGCCCGGGAGACCGGGCUGUGCCCCGUGCGCCGGGAGCUCUACACGCAGUGCUUCGACGAGCUGAUCCGGCAGACCACGGUGAGCUGCGCGGAGCGGGGGCUGCUGCUGCUGCGGGUGCGGGACGAGCUGCAGCUGACGCUGUCUGCCUACCAGGCACUGUACGAGAGCAGCGUGGCCUUCGGCGUGCGCAAGGCGCUGCAGGCUGAGCAGGGCAAGGCCCACUUGGAGGAAAGGAUUGCAGAGCUGGAAGAGGAAAAGAAGGAGCUGGAAAAACAAGUGAGUGAAGAGAAAGCGAAAUGUGAAGCUAUUGAAAAGCAAGAAACUGAGCGUCGAGAAAUAGAAGAGAAGAAACACAGUGAAGAGGUUCUGUUCCUCAAACAGACAAACCAGCAGCUGAAGGCCCAACUUGAAUGCAUCAUUGCAGCAAAGAAUUAAUUGUUUUGUUGUCCUCAAGGCAGGCUCAGAAGAGCUGUCAGAGCAAGAAGCUUGCAAUUAGUGACAAAGAUUUGUCUUCCUAAAACGAUCUUGAGUUUUCACUUACCAGUAACAGCAGGCAGUGUAACUGUGUUCUUUCUUUCUCUCUUGACAAGUUGAAAUUCAAGAGCUUCAUUAAUUACCACUCCCUCCUUCAGAGCCAUCUCAGCAGUCAGCUCUUUGAACAGUGAACUUGUCUGGGAUUUGCCUGUUGGUAACGUGCUAAUGACCUUCAAAGCAAUAGCUAAUAAACAUUUUCAAAUGCAAA